CCGCCACGUGACGGGCGCCCGCGGAAGGCGACAUGGGCUCCGUUCCCUGGGCCGCGGUCCUGCUGCUGGCGCUCGGGCUGCGCGGCCUCCAGGCGGGGGGUGAGUGCGGCGGCGCCCCCGGCCCCAUCCCAGGCCCCGGCCCCGGCCCCGCCUCGGAGGUCCGCGUGGCCCCAGCCCGCAGGGCCCCGGACCCCGGCUUCCAGGAGCGCUACUUCCAGCAGCGUCUGGACCACUUCAACUUCGAGCGCUUCGGCAACAAGACCUUCGCCCAGCGCUUCCUGGUGUCGGACAGGUUCUGGAUCCGGGGCGAGGGGCCCAUCUUCUUCUACACCGGAAACGAGGCCGACGUGUGGGCCUUCGCCAACAACUCGGGGUUCAUCGCGGAGCUGGCGGCCGAGCAGGGGGCUCUACUGGUCUUCGCGGAGCACCGCUACUACGGGAAGUCGCUGCCGUUCGGCGAGCGGUCCACGCAGCGCGGACACACGGAGCUGCUGACGGUGGAGCAGGCCCUGGCCGACUUCGCAGAGUUGCUCCGCGCGCUACGGCGCGACCUCGGGGCCCAGGACGUCCCCGCCAUCGCCUUCGGUGGGAGUUAUGGGGGGAUGCUGAGUGCCUACCUGAGGAUGAAGUACCCCCACCUGGUGGCCGGGGCGCUGGCAGCCAGUGCGCCCCUCCUAGCCGUGGCAGGGCUCGGCGACUCCACCCAGUUCUUCCGGGACGUCACGGCGGACUUUGAGGACCAGGGUCCCAAAUGCACCCAGGCGGUGCGGGAAGCGUUCCGGCAGAUCAAGGACUCGUUCCUGCAGGGAGCCUACGACAAAGUCAGCUGGGAGUUCGGCACCUGCCAGCCGCUGUUGGACGAGAAGGACCUGACCCAGCUCUUCAUGUUUGCCCGCAACGCCUUCACCGUGCUGGCCAUGAUGGACUACCCCUACCCCACCGACUUCCUGGGUCCCCUCCCCGCCAACCCUGUCAAGGUGGGCUGUGACCGGCUGCUGAGUGAGGCCCAGAGGAUCGCCGGGCUACGCGCGCUAGCAGGGCUGGUUUACAACGCCUCGGGCUCGGAGCACUGCUACGACAUCUACCGUCUCUACCACAGCUGUGCCGACCCCACCGGCUGCGGCACCGGCCCUGACGCCAGGGCCUGGGACUACCAGGCCUGCACCGAGAUCAACCUGACCUUUGCCAGCAACAACGUGACAGAUAUGUUCCCUGACCUGCCCUUCACGGAGGAGCUCCGCCAGCAGUACUGCCUGGACACCUGGGGCGUGUGGCCCCGGCCUGACUGGCUGCAGACCAGCUUCUGGGGGGGUGAUCUCAGAGCCGCCAGCAACAUCAUCUUCUCCAAUGGGAACCUGGACCCCUGGGCAGGGGGCGGGAUUCGGAGGAACCUGAGCACAUCGGUCAUCGCUGUCACCAUCCAGGGGGGAGCGCAUCAUCUCGACCUCAGAGCCUCCCACCCGGAAGACCCUGCGUCCGUGGUCGAGGCGCGAAAGCUGGAAGCCACCAUCAUUGGCGAGUGGGUAAAGGCAGCCAGGCGUGAGCAGCAGCCAGCCCUGCGUGGGAGGCCCAGACUCCGCCUCUGAGCACCGGGCGACUGCGGGAGAGGUCUCAAGGCUCCUUGUGGAGUGAGGAGCAGGCUGGCCCCCGCCCUGCCCUGUCUGCACUUUCUGGGUCCCUGAAGUUCAGCCACGGUGGCCAGCCUAGCAUGGGGGCUUUGCUCAGGAGGUGGCUGGCAGCAGAGGGAAGGGGCUGAAUAAACGCGUGGAGGCCACGUA